UAUUGCUACGGCUGCGUGUCAGGAGUUUAUUUGGGUGCGACCAUUAGGUCAUGCCGUUAUCGGCAAAAUUUUUGUGUGCGUGCAGGGACUGCCGAUGUUGGGUUGUCAGUUGAAAAACGCUUGCUGUCUGGACGCGUCGCACCUGCACAUCGUUGAGUCUCGGUACUUACUCAGCUGCAUAACGAUGGAGCUUAGAGUGAGAUGCUUCUGUCGUGCUCUCAAAGUGCUCGCGAUAAACGCAUUCCUACUGCUUGGCAUCGUGGGAAUUGUCCUACUGACGGCCGAUGGCAAAAAGCAACACAAGGAGCAGCCCUUGGCAGCAGAAGGCAAUGGAAGCCUGGUCGUGCUGACGACCGCAGGCCCCGUCCAGGGCGUCGAGAUCACGGCGCAUGGCAGGACUCUGCACGCCUUUUACGGCUUGCCAUACGCCGACCCUCCCGUAGGAGAGCGCCGGUUUCUGCACCCUGUGCGAAGGACCCCUUCCAAGACUGUCACCAUGGCGACCGAGUUGAGGCCUGCCUGCCCGCAGGAUUCCUACUGGUUCAACACGGAGUACGUCAACUCCUCGAGUUUCGACGAAGACUGCCUCCACCUGAACCUAUGGACGCCGAGCGUCCGCGCCAACGACGUGCUGCGUCCGGUCGUCGUGUACCUCCACGGCGGGGGUUUCCAGAACGGCGGCAACAAUCUGCACAUCUACGACGGCAGACACUUCUCCGCGCUGGGCGACGUCGUGGUCGUGGUGCCCAACUACAGGGUGAACGUGUUCGGCUUCUUGUACGUCGGCACGCCCGACGCCCCUGGAAACCAAGGCCUGUGGGACCAACGGCUCGCGCUGCUCUGGGUGCGGGACAAUGUGCGCGCCUUCGGCGGGGACCCGAAGCGCGUAACGUUGAUGGGCCAGAGCGCCGGAUCGAUCUCGGUCGGUUAUCACGUCCUAUCUCCGCUCACGCGUCACCUCUUUCGGCGGGCCAUCAUGCAGAGCGGUACGCCUUUCUACAAGGUGGAAGAGAACCAGAUUACUGGACCAGAGAAAGCGCGGCGGAUGGCAGCUAGGCUCUGCGGGCCGCACCUCCUGCGGAGGCCCAUGGCACACGUGGUCGACUGCCUGCGGAACCAGACGACCCAGAAGCUCCUGGGCGCCGUCAGGAUGGUGCUGGGACUCAAGGCGUCAUCCUUUAUACCUAUAUCCGGGGACGACCUUCUGCCCAAGGACCCGCUGGUCACCAUGGCCAACGGCAGUGCGCCUCCGGUGGACCUGCUGAUAGGCGUGAACGAGAACGAGGGCACCUAUUUCCUGCACAAGUUGUACCAAACCAUGGGCAUCACCGAUCCGUUCGCCAUGAGCAACAGGCAGCACGUGACCAUCGUGAAGUUACUUGUCAACUAUGCUCUCUGGGAGGCCCCGGAGGACCUCAUCGAGGGGCUACUGACCAAUGUUAAAGAAGGGACGUCAACGCCAGACCUGGUUCGGCACUUGGCCAAGGGGAUCGGGGACGUGGCAAUGCGCUGCCCGACGCUGUACUUCUCGGACUUCGUGCUGCGCCAGCGGGGAUCGCACCUCUACCACUACGAAUACGGCUACCGGCCGCUCAAGGGCAGCUUCUGGCCGCCCUGGAUGGGCGUCACGCACUUCGACGAGUUCCCCUUCGUGUGGGGAUACGCUUUCGACCGGCCCGAGAUGGUCACACUGCGCGACACAGAGUUCAGCCAGCUGCUGAUCGGCCUCUGGAGCUCGUUCGUCCACAAUCGCACCAUGCAGAUUGAUAAGACAUUAUGGCCGCCGAAUGAACGGCAACUGACCGUGACCAUGCGGCUCGUGGAGCAACCCCGGGUGCAGAGUGCCGGGUCGUCCGAAACGUGCACCGUGCUGCGCAAGUACAUCGUGCCCUACAGGCUGAACAACACGGCGCACACCGAAGCCUCCAUUUAGCCACGCACCGGGCGAGCUCCGGUGCAGCAACUCACCGACAGGGGGACACAGGGCGUGACUGGCGGAGAGACCGUGCACGGAGACGACGCUUCAAAAUAAAGGCAUGCUGGACGCUGGAAGGCACUAAUAAAAAAAAUUGUCUGUAAUGCGGUGGCAAACUUCAUCCCA